AUGAAUAAAUUUUCACUUUCAAGAUCAAGAAGUAAUUCACAGGCUAGAAAUGGUGUAACAAUGAUGUCAGCCAAUACUUCUUCGACAUCAAGUUUAACUUCCAAAUAUGAAUUCUCAAGGUCAACCUCUCCAAGAGGUUCUAAUAGCUCGUCUCAAAGACCAAAUUUAUUCGCAUCAUCUUCUAAUACAUCAUCAUCAACAAGAAAAAGAAGUAGUUCAAUCGCUAAUGCAAUUAGUAAUUUUGUAAAUUUAAAGGGUCAUAGUUCAUCAUCAAUUAGAUUUCCACCAAAUGAUGCCUUAGGAAAGAUUGUUUCAUUAUCAGACUUACCACCUCCACCUGAACCUGAAUUAGAUGAAUCGUAUAAAGAUUAUUUAACUAAAAUAUCACUAUAUGGAAAACUAAUUGGUGUAAUUUUGACAGAAAAGGAAAAUCCAUACAAAUCAAAGGCUUUAAACUAUUUUUUAACAAAUUGUUUUGAUUUCAAAGAACUUCCUAUAGAUAUCGCCUUGCGUGAACUCUUAAUGUUUGUUGAACUGCCCAAAGAAACACAGCAAAUCGAUAGAUUAUUGCAAGAGUUUAGUAAUGUCUAUUAUGAAGAGCAUAAAAAAGAUCCUUCUUCAUGCGGUUGUAAAGACAGUAACCAAGUUUAUUUUGUCGUUUUUUCAUUAUUAAUGUUGCAUACCGAUUUCUAUAAUCCUAAUAAUAAACAAAAAAUGUCCAAACAAGAAUUCAUAAGCUUGGUCCAUGAAGAUAUCGAUUCAGGUGGUAAUGAAAUAGCAAAAGAUAUUCUUUCAUAUUUCUAUGAUAAUAUAACUACAAAAGAAUCUCCCAAAUUUGAUUUCUCAAAGCUUGGUUUCGGUUUCCCAGAUGCCUCAGAUGAUAAGGAAAAAGAGAAAGAAAAGGAAAAGCUCACUAGGCAACCUACAUCUUUAGAGUUGUUUUUGGAUGCCAAUGAACCAACUUUAAGUUUGUAUUCUCCGAAGAGCAUUAUUGCAGGUAGACUUUUGUCUCCGACAGAUCAUUUACCUGUUCCACAAUUAUCAAGUGGUCGCUCGACAUCUGCAUCUUUAUCCACGUACUUAGGAUAUUCUGGAAGUUCUUCAUCAACGGGUAAUAAUAAUAUGCCUGCUAGAGAUGACAUUGAUUUGUACAGCCACAUCUGUUAUAAUACAUUAUCUGACGUUAGCAUGGAAUCUGAGGUAGAAGAAGUUUGGGAUCCUAAUUAUCUGAAUAAACCAUUCUCGAGAGCGAUAGACAACAAGUGUUACAAGUUUUACUGCAUUUUAAAUGAAUUGAAAGGUGCAUAUUUACGAAUUCACAGAGAUUGCUUUGGUAAGAUUGCUAACUUGAACUACGAAGUGCUUAAUGAAUGUGAAGAAACAUAUUUAUAUCUUAAGAUUAUCCAAAUGAGUGAAAUAAGUGAAUUAAGUAUAAGUAAGAAGUUUUCAAUUGUAGGAAAUAAUAAUAAGAUGUAUUGGAAGCCACUCUGUGCGAUUCUUACAUCAUAUGGUCUUUUAUUAUUCGAAAACUUCGAUUGGAUUGUUCCCAACUUAGUUCUGGAUGAGCGGACUAAUACAACGAAUUAUAUAAUUAAUUUUAAAGAAGGUGUAUCAAGUCUAGCAGACUCCAUAAUUGAAUUCAGUGAUAUGCUGGCAGUGACAUCGAGAAAUGAGCUUGGGAAAACCUCAUUCAGCUCAAUUUUUUCUUCUGAACUUGGUGAAGAUAAUGAUGAUUCUAAUAUUGCAAUCCAAGGGAAUACAAUAAACGAUAUUUUAAAUAAAGAAGAUGAAGAUUUACUUUUAUACAUUCAAAGUCCAACAAAGAAAUAUAUUUGGAAAUGUAUUGUUGCAAAUGAAAGAGAUAAUUGGGUCGAUUCAAUUAAUUUAAUGGCUUCAUUCAGUGGAUGUUUCAUCGAUCUCAACACUAUAUAUAAUACAGUAAUUUUAUUAAUGAGGAUAAAAACAUGUGACAAAAUUGAAAAGUUGAAAGCUACUAAACAAGAAAAGCUAGAAAAGCUGAAGGAUAAAGAGAAGAAUCUAGCAUUUUACCGUCAAGCAAUUCCUAUGAGUAUUAGAACAAAACGAGAAUUAAUCAUCUGCAUCAAACAGCUGGCUGUUCAAAUGGAUGAAUUAAUUUUUAAGAUAAAAAAAAGUGCUGCAUAUAUCGAUAUUAUAACACAAAUGAUUUCUCAAAGACAAGAUCAUGUAUCAUAUUCACAUAGCAGGCAAAACUCUAUUAGCAUAAACUUGCCAUCAUUAAAUCUAGGAGAGAAAUUUGAUUCUUCGAAUUUUGACGAUAAGAUGUUACAUUCAGAGAAGUAG